AUUACAUCAGGAUCACAGGCGCGUCGAAUCGAUGACUAUAAAAGCGGCGAGAUUAAAGGAUCGGCAUGCAGUGCAUCCUGGGAACACCGUACGCCCUCACGAUGGCUGUUGGUGCUCUUAACGUAGUGCUCUUAUUUUCCCUCGUGACGGGCCUUUCAGGCCUACCAACAGCGCUUGAAAAGGAAGUCGAAAAUCGCUCAUUGCCGACUGAGCUGCAACCGCCGCCGUUGGACGAAAAGGAACACCACGCUACAGUUUUUAUUAUUAAUCUGUACGCUUUAAACAGCAGUAGCAAUGAGUCGGAACAGGUACUCAAAAAUGAAAUCGUCGAGACUGUACCAGAUCUGCUGGAGCCGUUGGCCACCGUUCUCCUAGUGGUGGAAAACGACGAAGACGAGAAGGAACACUUGCCCGUUGACCUCGACGAAUUCGCCGUGGGAUUGAAGGACCAAGGUUACAAGGUCGACAAGAUCGAUCAUAACGGCAAGACGAAGGUGCUCAGGAUGAAAGUGAAAAAGGAGGAGGCGCAGAGUAUGGAGGAGUCGGCUUCGAAGUCGGACGACGAGACGAAACCCCGUCAGAAGAGGACCAUCUGCUUCAGCUGUGGCGGCGGCGGCGGCGGCGGCAGAAAACGAUGGGGGGGUGGGUAUCCGAGCGGUGGAGACUAUUAUCCCGCUGUUAGCGGCGGAGGUGGACAAUGUUCCACCUGCGGCGGCGGAGGAGGUUCUUAUCCUAGCGGGGGUGGCGGCGGCGGAGGAGGAGGACAUUAUCCUAGCGGGGGUGGCGGCGGCGGAGGGUAUUAUCCUAGUGGAGGUGGCGGCGGCGGAGGUCAUUAUCCUAGCGGUGGUGGCGGCAGUUAUUAUCCUCCUAGUGGUGGUGGAACUGGACAAAGUAUAGCUGUUGUGCCGAUUGUAGUCAUACCUAUUGGAAUUGCAGGAGGCGGAGGACGCGGAGGCGGAAAUUGCGGCCGUGGAUGCGGUGGAGGUGGCGGAAGAGGUGGCGGCGGUAGUUGGUCCUCCUCUUCGGCUUCGGCGCAUUCUUCCUCUGGCAGUUGGGGAAAAUGAGCGGAGGCGCACGUAACCACAUAAACAUGUUGCCAUCGGCGAUUUAUGCUGCCUUGACGUUUAUUUCAUAUACACGCGUGCAAGUGCAAAGAGUGUGGAUUCUGCGAAUACACGAGUCAAUAUACUGCGAACAAAUAACAACUCAAUAGUCUCGAAAUUAUAUUGUAAAGUGUAACGCAUUCCUGCUCAUUUGAUUGUAUAACACAUACAAACACACACACAUAUAACACAACUAUGUAUGGAAUAUGGUAUAUUCGCCAAUAAAUAACAAAACAGGUUUGGCUCUAACAAAAA